UAAUAUUUAUUAUGAUCUUGGGAGUUGGUAAUGACAGUGGCUAAAAUUUUGUUUUCUUAAUAUAAUAAUAGGUGUAGAUGUCAAAGCAGGAUAAUUUAAUCUGUGAAGGCAAUGGACGAUGCGGUUGCUUCACCACAUUUUUAGUUAUCUUUUGAAGUUUUUCAUAAAAAAUGAUAAAAAAAAUUGGGUGUUUUGUAGUAUUUGCUUCCCCUGGACUGCCACUAGAGAAGCAUGUGCAGGUGCCUUCUAAUUCAAGUACCAAAAGGUCCAAAAACCGAAGGACCUUUUGGUUCUCAAAGAAUGCAUCAUAUCGCCUUCUCAUUAGAUUUAAACAAAUUUUUGUAUUGGUUCUCCAUCUAUUUGUUCUUUUCAUGUUUUGAAUUCAUAUUAUAACCAUUGCUUGAUUUAUUUUGCUGGGUGAAAGUUUGCCAGAAGGAUUUGAUCUCAUAUUUGGCAUUUCAUGGGUAAGGAUCUGGUUGCCAUCUUCACUUUCCGUUGUUUAUGCUUCAUCAUUGCCCUCCUAUCUGCAUUUUCAUUUAUAUCCUUUCUCUCAUGGUUUCAACUUUCUGCUCCAUGCUAUUUCAAAGCCCAAAUGAUACUGCAAAAGCAAAACCAACCUAUUAAUCUCCUCCUUUUCCCUUCUGCUUGGAAUCAUCUUUCUUUUCCCUCGGAACCACCUUCUAAACUCCUUAAAAUUGCACUCUUUGUAAAGAAAUGGCCUCAUAGAUCUCAUGCUGGAGGGCUUGAACGGCAUGCCUUGACCCUUCAUCUUGCUCUUGCCAAAAGAGGGCAUGAGCUUCAUGUUUUCACCUCUUCUCCCCCAAACUCCUCCUUCGCAAGGUAUCCGCUGAGCAAUUUAUACUUUCACCUUUCAAGACCAACCGCUGCUGGUUAUCUGGACCAAGCUUCAGUCUGGAAGCUAUUUCAGACUCAAAACUCAACAGGAAAACCGUUUGAUGUGGUCCACACUGAAAGUGUUGGGCUCUGGCAUGCUCGGUCACGGAACCUGACCAACUUAGCUGUUAGUUGGCAUGGGAUUGCAUAUGAAACUAUUCAUACUGACAUCAUUCAAGAAAUUUUAAGGAAUCCUGAAGAACCAUUAGCAUAUGCGUUGACUGAAAGAGUUACCAAGGUUGUUGAAGAGGUCAAAUUUUUCCCUGAUUAUGCUCACCAUGUUGCUACUAGUGAUCAUGCAGGUGAUGUCCUGAAAAGGAUUUAUAUGAUUCCAGAAGAACGAGUUCAUGUUAUUCUUAACGGAGUGGAUGAGGAAAUUUUCAAGCCAGAUGCUAUGAAGGGUAAGGAAUUUAAGCAGAAAUUUGGUGUCACAGAAAGUAGAUCAUUGGUUUUGGGCAUGGCAGGGAGGUUGGUGAAGGAUAAAGGACACCCCUUAAUGUUUGAAGCCCUGAAGCAGAUCCUAAUGGAAAACGAUACAAUUCGAGAGGACACUGUUGUUCUGGUUGUUGGUGAUGGUCCUUGGGGUCCUAGAUACAGAGAUCUUGGUGUUAAUGUACUUGUUCUGGGGCCAUUAGACCAAGCUCAACUAGCAAGGUUCUACAAUGCCAUAGACAUUUUUGUGAACCCAACUCUCCGAGCUCAAGGGUUGGAUCAUACUUUGUUAGAAGCAAUGCUUUCUGGUAAACCUGUGAUGGCCACUAGGGUAGCCAGCAUCACAGGUUCAGUGAUUGUUGAUAAAGAAAUUGGUUAUGUCUUUUCACCAACGGUAGUUUCAUUGAAGAAUGCUCUCUAUAGAGUUUGGGAAGAGGGCAGAGGAGUCCUAGAAGAGAAAGGUAAGGCUGCUAUGCAGAGAGGGUUGCGCCUGUUCACUGCUACUAAAAUGGCAGCUGCUUAUGAAAGGCUUUUCCUUUGCAUAUCAAAUAAUAGUAACAGAACCGAAGAUUAUUGUCAAUACCAACCUCCACUAGUUGGAUAGCAACAUCAUUACCUCAUUCAACAUUGACAGAGCUAACAGGGAACGACAUUGAACAUUGAGACUAAGUGGUAAGGUUGAAGCUCUGGAGAAGGCAGCUGUAUAGAGCUUUUCAAGAAGAAAGUACCUUCUUGUAUUGAUCCUUUACAGAAUUUGGUAAUUGUAUUUAUCGAUCCAUACUAGUUUCAACCAUUUGAAAGGCGACAUAACAUUCAUUUUUUCCCCUUCAGACUAAUGAUUCACAGGCUACAUUUUGCCUCAAGCUCCGACAAAGUCUAAAAUUAGCAGCCUCAAACGAGGUAAGUGUGCUUGGAAGUAACAUCUGCAGAUGGCUUAGCAAUCAAAGUUAGGGACAUGAAUUAUGAUUUACAAUUAUGAAACCAGAAAGAAAUUUAACAUUUAUGUAUGGAACUACAUGUUUUGCCUAGAAAACAAGAUUGGAAUUCCUAGCACUAAAAUUAGCUGCAGUCAUUUCUGCAUGUGCUCAAAGUUUCAUUAAUUGAUGGCAAUAAUUCUUCAAAUUUAAGGUUCAAAAUUGUACCUCUCA